CUAUAAAUCUUCCUAAACCCUAUAAAUCGCUACACAGUUACUUCUCGGCUCCGGCUAUUCUCCUUUUCUCUUUCGUCGCCGGUCAUAUAAAGAGUAGACCAGAGGCGACGAGUUCUGGAGUCUUUGAGGGAUUCUGGAUAUGGAGGAAGAAAGAGUGGAUAGCUCGAAGAGGCUAUUCAGAGGUAUAGUAGCAGAUCUUAGAGGAAGAGCCUUGUGUUACAAGGAAGACUGGGUCGCUGGUCUCCGUUCUGGUUUCGGGAUUUUAGCACCCACAACAUAUAUUUUUUUCGCUUCCGCUCUUCCGGUUAUCGCCUUUGGGGAGCAACUCAGCCGCGACACAGAGGGAGCGUUGAGCACAGUAGAAACGUUAGCAUCAACAGCGUUAUGUGGAGUAAUACACUCAAUAUUGGGAGGACAACCACUGUUGAUACUUGGAGUUGCAGAACCAACUGUCUUAAUGUACGUUUACUUGUACAACUUCGCUAUAGGAAGACCAGAAUUAGGCAAACAACUCUACUUAGCUUGGGCUGCUUGGGUUUGUGUGUGGACGGCUCUGUUACUGUUCGUAAUGGCAAUCCUCAAUACGGCUGAUAUCAUUAACCGGUUUACGAGGGUUGCUGGUGAGCUGUUUGGUAUGUUGAUCUCCGUUCUGUUCAUUCAACAAGCCAUUAAGGGUAUGGUGAGUGAGUUUGGGAUGCCAAAAGAUGAGGACUCAAAACUAGAAAAGUAUAAGUUUGAGUGGCUCUAUACAAACGGACUUCUCGGCCUCAUUUUCACCUUUGGCCUUCUCUACACCGCUUUGAAGAGUCGAAAAGCAAGGUCUUGGCGAUACGGAACAGGAUGGUACAGAAGCUUCAUCGCAGACUAUGGAGUUCCUUUGAUGGUUGUGGUUUGGACAGCAUUGUCUUUUAGUACACCAUCAAAACUCCCCUCUGGUGUCCCGAGAAGACUCUUUAGUCCUUUACCAUGGGACUCUCCUUCUUUAUCACAUUGGACUGUCAUCAAGGACAUGGGAAAAGUCUCUCCGGGUUACAUAUUUGCGGCAUUUAUACCCGCAUUGAUGAUCGCAGGGCUUUACUUCUUUGACCACAGCGUUGCCUCGCAGCUCGCUCAGCAGAAGGAGUUCAACCUCAAGAAGCCUUCAGCGUAUCACUAUGACAUUCUCUUGUUGGGUUUCAUGACGUUGAUAUGUGGAUUGCUAGGUCUGCCUCCUUCAAAUGGAGUCCUCCCUCAGUCUCCUAUGCAUACCAAAAGCCUUGCUGUUCUUAAACGACAGUUGAUCCGGAGGAAGAUGGUAAAGACAGCCAAAGAAAGCAUCAGGAAGAGAGAAACAUCCUCACAAGUGUACGAGAAUAUGCAAGAAGUCUUCAUAGAAAUGGAUAAAAGUCCACUUGCUCAGACAGAUCCAUCAGUGAUAAUUGAGCUUCAAGAUCUGAAAGAAGCAGUAAUGAAGAGCAAUGAUGAAGAAAGAGAGGGAGACGAGGAGAGUGGUUUUGAUCCAGAGAAGCACCUUGACGCUUACUUGCCUGUUCGAGUCAACGAGCAGAGAGUUAGCAACUUGUUGCAGUCACUGCUUGUGGCAGGUGCAGUGUUGGCUAUGCCGGCCAUUAAGCUCAUACCGACUUCCAUUCUAUGGGGAUACUUUGCUUACAUGGCCAUCGACAGCCUCCCGGGAAAUCAAUUCUUCGAACGCUUAACGCUUCUCUUCGUUCCAACAAGCCGGAGAUUCAAGGUCUUGGAGGGAGCACACGCGUCGUUCGUGGAGAAAGUUCCUUACAAGUCAAUGGCUGCGUUCACACUGUUGCAGAUAUUCUACUUUGGGCUGUGCUAUGGGGUGACGUGGAUUCCGGUGGCUGGAAUCAUGUUUCCGGUUCCUUUCUUCCUCUUAAUAGCUAUCAGACAGUACAUUCUCCCGAAGCUCUUUAACCCGGCCCAUCUCCGAGAACUCGAUGCCGCUGAGUACGAGGAAAUCCCCGGUACUCCGAGAAACCCGCUGGAACUGUCUUUCCGGGUUAGUCCAUAUCUUAGCAAUAUCUACAUUUUUGAGGAUCCCGGACUUUGGACUAAACCAUGGAGGUUUUCUUGUCAUCUAAGGCAUCUACAGUGACCUAAAAUAUUUGAAUUUGUUGAAUUUAAUGCCAAAAUAAACUUGUUUUACAGUCGAAUGACUCGAAGAGAGGCGUCCAAGAAGGCGAUGCUGAGAUUUUAGACGAGUUAACGACAAGCAGAGGCGAGCUUAAAGUCCGUACAUUGAAUCUUAACGAAGACAAAGGCAACCAGAUUUAUCCCAAGGAGAAAGUAAAAGCAGGAGACGGGGACAUGAGCACGACAAGGGAGUGAGUGAAUCAACAAAAAGAAUCAGAGAUUAUUCUUUCAAGUGAUGAUCAUGAUCAUGAUCAUACGCAAAACUAUAUAGUAUUGUAGAACACAGAUUGUAUGUGGCUUUCUUUUUUUUUUUGGUUCUUAAACCUAAGAUGAUGUGUGUGUUUGUCAAUAUAGUCUUCUUAGCAAUGAAAAUCGAUAAAGAAUUAACACAGCGAGAAUGUUACGGAUAUGUAACGUAACCUUCCAAGAAAAGG